AUGUCCAGAGUGGAAAGUUUUAGGGACACAAACCUUCGCUCCAUGCUGAAGGAGCUGCGGACUGAUAUUGCUAUGGCUGUAGAUGACUCUUUCCCUCUCGUCUAUGGUUUGGCAGACAAAAACAUCAUUACUGACCAACAACUGAAGGACACUCUGGAGAAGGAGGGCAGAGAAGGGACCCACAAGGCCAUGUACUCGCUCCUGUCCUGGGUCCUGGAGCAGAGCAGAUCCACCAUCCAGGCCUUCUGGAGCAACCUGUCCAAAGACUACAACCUGGACAGCUACCCCAAGCUGCAGACACUGCUCACUAACCUGCACUCGAGACGGGAUGCUGCCGGUUCUAGAGGUGAGAAGAGAUCCUCUGGAGGCCACAAAACCCCUCACAUCAAGAAGAGGAGCCACGAGGACAGAGGGAAAAACUCACACAAUCAGCACGCUCAGUAUCAUGCCAAGACAAGCGAUGGACCAGGUGUUCAGGCGGUGUCCUCCUCGGUCCAGAGACUCGUCACUCUGUCUUCCUCCUCCACUGAGCCGCCAGUCAGUCAUGAAGCCAGAGAGAAGAUCCAUAUCAAACAGGUGGUCGGCUCAGAUGAAACGCCAUUGGGAACUGCCAGAAAGUGCAUAGACGUCAGUGGGGAGUUUUACUCUUGUGGUCAGCCAGAGGAGAUAAAUGGAGCAUCCAUCCAGUCCAAAGCUGCCAAGAACACGUUUCAUCACAAGAGGGAGACAAACACAAGCAUGGUGCACUAUAAUGAUGAUGAGUGCGCAGUGUGUAAGGACGGAGGGGAGCUGAUUUGUUGUGAUGGCUGUCCUCAAGCUUUUCAUCUGACCUGCCUGAACCCUCCACUCACAUCCAUACCAAGUGGUCCGUGGCAGUGUGAGUGGUGCUGUGGCAACAGAGUGAAAAGAGAGACAGCCCAACUACCUUUACAACCACUCAUUGCCAAGCCGCAGCAAACAAACACGACAUCCAGUAACUCCAUCACAGACAUCUCCUUCUUCUCCCCGCUGUCGCCCUCGUCUCUCACCAGUGUAACAACGUCUGUGAACGGACCCAGUGGCAGAAACCAGUGCUCAGGUGGAGAGCUGGUCAGUAUGAGAGAAGUGUGCGGUGUUUGUCACCUGGCUGGAGGAGACCUGACUCACUGCCUCCAGUGUCUGAGGCGUUUCCACGCACACUGCCACUUCUCCAAAGGGAGAUCCAUCUGCUCGUCCUGCUCCAGGCCCUGGGGCAGCUCUGCAGAGAAAGAGGCUGAAUCCAGAGGCUUACAGCAGGGCUCCAUUGAUGGCAUCUUGCAGUGGGCUUUCCACAACAUGUCUCGACCCCUUCCAGACUCUCACGGAUGCUACCAGUAACAGACAGACGAUCAUCCAUGCUCUAGGUUAUACUGUACAGUAACAGUAAUAAACUAAACAUAAAUAAUUAAAUGGAGAUUUCUUAAUAUAUUAGAGAUUAUGUUCUUGUUUCCUGCAAUGCCUGAAGUAUUAUUUUGUUUUUUAAUUGAUUUUAAGUGAAAACAUUGCAUCUAAGUACAGUUUUUGAAGAAAGUGUU